GAUUCAGAGGAAUUUUAUGGUGAAAGUUAAAGAGAUAAUUCCUAGUGUGUGUGUGUGCGCGUACGUGCAUGCGUACGUACGUGCGCGCGCGUGUGUGUGUAUAUAUAUAUAUAUAUAUAUAUAUAUACAUAUAUGUAUCUUGUGUGGUCGUGCGUACGAAGGGAUCUCUUAACACAAGUUGGAUUUCGUUUUAAUUCUGGAUUAUAUUUUAAUGAUCACUACGACCAUGUGAUCGUGAAAAAGAACGAGUUCGAAGGUGGAGAGGUAGAGUGUCCUUAAGGAUUGUGCGAAAGAAAGUGCAGAUAAAAGAAGAGAAGGGGAAAAGGAAAAAAAUUAAAGAAAAAGGAUAGGUGAAUGUGGUGCAAGAUCGAAGCAAUGAGAUCGAGAUCAACGUGUGUUCUCGGAUCGAAGGUGAAAGUUCGAUUCGAUUUGUGUAAACGUGUGGUACAAUCGUCGAAGUAAAAAAAAAAUAUAUAUAUAUAUAUUCAUAUUCAACGAAAAGAUUACGUGUGACGAUAGUGAAUAAAAAAAAAAAAAAAGAAAAAAGAGAAAGGAAGGAAGAGAGAAAAAAAGAAGAAGAAGAAGAAGAAAAAGUAAUAGUGUAUACGCGAUUGCUAUCGUUUUUCAUUCAAACUUUGAUUUUUUUUUUUUUCUCAAAGAGGAUCUCUUCGAUAUGGAUAAGCGUGCCUUCAGGAUUACGCGGAGCACACGGAUAGCGGUGCUGCACAUUUUACUUCUGUGCAGUGCUCUGACUCAGGGCCGAGUCGAGGAGACGCAGAUGGACACGCACGAGGGCUCGACGGUACAGUUGCAGUGCCGAUUCGAGCCGCCUAAGGAGAACGUAACGUGCUUUUGGUUGACCCAUACGAACAACAAUCAUGACAACGCGGCGAUCGAGAAUCGUUCGUUAUCGCCGAAUUACAACGUCUUUAUGAACCUCGAGGAAGGCCGUUACGAUCUACAAAUAAGAAACGUUUCGUACGAAAGGGACAAUGGGAAAUACGAGUGUCGAGUCAAAGUGAGUAGCACGGGUAUGGAUAUCCAUAGGAAGUAUAUCACUUUGACGGUUCUAAGAGCACCGGGACCGCCGACGAUAUCUCCAACCUCGGCACCCGCCACCGAGGGCCAACGAUUGGAGCUCCAGUGUAACACGAACGGCGGUAGUCCCGAACCCGAAGUGAGAUGGUACCGUGGUAACAACACGACUCUCCUUCACUCCGGUAGGACGCUAUUAGUCGAGCCAACGAAGGAAGACGAUCGUGCUAUAUUUCGAUGCGUAGUAAGAAAUCGUGCUAUGAGAGAAGGGGAGACAUUGAACGCCACAGUUACGCUGGAUGUUAAUUACUUCCCUCGCGUUACGGUAGGCCCAGGAAAUCCAUUGAAAGUCGAGGUGAACGGUACCGCAACAUUGGAGUGCCACGUGGAUUCGAAACCAGUAGUUGGUAUGGUACGUUGGUGGCGCGACGGUAGCUUCAUCGCAACGACGUUUCAACACAUCGUACAAAAGGUAACGCUGCAAGAUGCCGGCAAGUACACUUGCCAGGCCGACAACGGUCUAGGGAAGAAAGGCGAGAGUUCUUUGCUGCUCGACGUUCUUUAUCCGCCGACCGUGUCUAUCGAAGGCGAGAGCGUUAGAAUCGCUCAGGUGGAGGACACCGUGACGGUACACUGUAACGUAUCGGCCAAUCCAGCCCCGUCCAUAAUCGAGUGGCUCCGCGAAGGUCGUCCGGAGUUCAGGCAAUCCGGUUCGAUAUUGAGAUUAACUCGAGUCACGGCCGAUCACGCUGGAAAUUACACUUGUCGUGCGGUUAAUACCAUUCAUCCGACCGGUGGUGAACGAAGGAAUCAUUCGGCCAAAGCACACGUCACCGUUCGAAUUAGACACAAGCCCGGACCGGCAAGAGUAACUCCGGACUCGCCCGUAGCCGUCGAAGGUUCCAGAGUUAUUCUCACCUGCAUGGCUAGCCCAGCCGGUUAUCCCGAACCCCAGUACAAAUGGUGGAAGGAGGGUGACGGCGAAAACAUUCCUGUCAGAACCGAAAAUUCUGGGCCUAAGUAUGAAAUCGAUUCCGUACAUUUGGGAAGCGAAGGUACAUACAAAUGUUACGCCAUGAACGAGAUCGGAAAUGGCGAAGCUGCGUCCGUUAAUCUCACAGUUCAUCAACCUCCGAAGAUACUCACCAAAUUACAACCUCACGUCACGAGAAAAGUCGGAGAAUCUUCUUUUCAAGUGUCGUGCGUGGCGCAAGGAAAGCCAAGGCCUAGCGUGCGUUGGUUGAAGGACGACCAAGAGUUAACAGCCGACGAAAGAUUGUACAAAGUGAUAACGACCGCUUCGGAAGGUCAUGGUAACGUGAUAACCGUGAACUCUACAUUGAGUUUUUUGGGUCAUGCUCGUCCGCAGACGGACGAGAUCAUAGCGAGCGACAGAGGAAAGUACACGUGCGUUUUCGUGAACGAAGUAAAGAAGGUCGAGUCAACGAUGAUGUUGAAGGUCGAACACGAGCCAAUAAUUCUACAUCAGCACGGAAAGGUUGCAUACAAUUUACGCGAAACCGCCGAAGUUGCGUGUAAAGUUCAGGCCUGGCCAAAGCCGGAAUUUCAAUGGAGUUUUGGCAAUAACGCGGCGACGUUACAAGGAUCGUCGAGCGAUGGCCAUUACGAGAUAUCUACUAGCAGCGACAAUUACGACGUCUAUACCUCGGUUUUAAGAAUGACGAAUAUAAAACAAUCGGAUUACGGUGAUUAUACUUGUCGGGCAGCGAACGCCCAAGGUAGCAUUACUUCGACGAUCAGAUUGCAACCUAAGGGUGCACCUGAAAGGCCGAUCAACAUCACGGCUAUGGAUAUCGGUCCGACUCACGUCGCGUUACUUUGGGAAUUAGGUUUCGACGGUGGUCUGCCAAUAACGAAAUAUUUCGUUUCUUAUCGGAGAGUAGCCGGAGGUGACGAAGUGAUAACUCCUGAUUGCACACCGCCUAGAGGACCGGCCGGACAGUGGCUCGAAAUAGAUUGCAGGAGAUCGAAUCCUUGCAACGUUACGAAUCUCGAGCAACAUCAAACCUAUACCUUUAAAGUCAAGGUCUACAACACGAAGAAUCAUUCGGAUUACUCGGACGAGGUGGUCGCCACUACGGCGGUAGCGAAGAUACCUACGCCGCUUCGCGUCAGCUAUGACCCUGAGACCGGAACCCUGGCUAUAAACAUCGGUGCGACUUGUCUAGCUUUGGUAGCUUCGAUCGAGAAAUUCGACGGAACGGACAAUUCGUGGAGAAUCAUCGAGGAGUGGCCUUUGGAAGUAUCGGGAAACGCGCCUACGCAGAGAGAGGGUAUCCUGGACGAUCCGGAAUCUUCGGAUUCGGAGCCGCGUCUCAGAGUCAGGGUAUGCCUGAAGGCCGAUCGACAAAAGUGCGGGGAAUAUGCCGAAGCUGAAAUCGGCCCGUCUUAUAUAGCGCAAGCUGGUGCUCUCGCCACGCCGACGCUGAUCGCUCUGGUAGUCAGCGGCGCGGUCUUCUUGCUUUUCGCCGCUCUCUUGCUUUUGUUCUGCCGAUGCAGACGAAAGCACGCUGCCAAGGCCAAGGAUUACGAAAUGGAUACCAACGCAGUCCGACCUAGCCUAGUGGCUGGAAAUGGUCAACAAACUCAAGCGCCACCGCCUUAUUACGCCGAGAAUAAAGCCCUUGAACAUAGUUUGGAUCAUGCCCUAGCUAUGGAGGAUUCCAAGAGUCCCGCUUACGCUCAACCUGGAUACGGUUAUCAUCAACCUAAUCAUAACAUCAACGGUGAGAACGGUGUCAAUAUGGGUUACAUGGACAAUAGCUAUUCAAAUUCAAACAACGGCGGCUCGGUGAAUUCACAAGAUUCUAUCUGGCAGAUGAAGUCGGCGGCAGCAAACGGCGUCAACCAACCAUAUGAUUUGGGUGGAUACGCCACCACCGAGUCCGAUUAUCCGGCGCACCCACAUUACAGGGAGAGCCAUAAUCUUAGUCGGCAACAAUUUUGCCCGGAGCCAUUCGCUACGGUUGUCAAGUCCCAGAAACACGUUGAUUCGCCGUACGAUGUAUCUGGUCUACCGUAUCAAGAAAAUUACGACGAGGACACAAAGCCGCCGCAGCAAGUGAGCCUGUCCUACGACGAGAGUUUAGAAUCCGGUUAUUCGACUCCCAACAGCCGUGGCCGUAGAAUUAUCAGAGAAAUAAUCGUCUGA